AUGGAGGUGGAGGAGGUCCUCUAUGGGGAUCCUCCCAACUUCUGUGACUUAGAGUCUGCAGACUCCAAGAGCGACGAGCCUCCGGUACUUAAGAUACUGCCCAAGGCUGUGCCUAGGAGGUGCCACUCGGGAGCGAGGAAACCAUCCCGUGUGGCACAAAGAGAGGCGACCGUGUUUGAAGAGGAAACUUCUUCCACUAGGGCAUGCAGCCCCAGAAUUCAUGCACUGUUACCUAAGCCUCGUAGAGGCAAGAGGGAGGCGACACCAGUGCCCACCCCAGAGACAGGCAAAGCAACUGGUGCGCCUCCUGACAGAAAUCUGCGGCCAGAGGAAAUUGAAGAGCUGAAUGAUGCUUUCCGGGAGUUUGAUAAAGAUAGGGAUGGCUUCAUCACCUGCAAGGACUUGGGCGAGUGUAUGAGGACUAUGGGCUACAUGCCUACAGAGAUGGAACUGAUUGAGCUCAGUCAGCAGAUCUGUGGAGGUCGAGUGGACUUUGAGGACUUUGUAGAGCUAAUGGGGCCUAAAAUGCUGGCUGAGACAGCAGAUAUGAUUGGAGUAAAGGAACUGAGAGAAGCCUUUCGAGAGUUUGACUCUAAUGGCGAUGGUCAAAUCAGUCUGCCUGAAUUGAGAGAGGCCAUGAAGAAGCUGAUGGGUGAGCAGCUCAACCACAGAGAGAUUGAUGAGAUCAUCAGGGAUGUGGACCUGAAUGGAGAUGGCUUGGUUGACUUUGAGGAGUUUGUGCGAAUGGUGUCUCGUUAA